AUGCGUUCUCUAUAUACCCUCCUGCUCUCCCUCGCCGCCCUCAGCGCUGCCGCGCUACAGCCCCGAGCCGGCUACGCAUGCAAAGACCGUUCCGCCGCCCCUGGCUGGCACAACCUCGGCCCAGCGCGACCAGACCGUACGCUCACGCUCGAGAUCGCGUUCAAGCAUAACGAUUUCGCCGGGUUGCAUGAGCAGCUCCUGCUUCGCUCAGACCCGGAGAGUGGGAUGUAUGGCCGGCAUAUGAGCAAGGAGGAGGUGGAGGCGUUCCUUCGCCCUGGAGAGGAGACAAGGGAUGCUGUACUUGGUUGGCUAGAAGAGUAUGGGUUGGGGGAGGAGAGCGUCAGGUGGAGCCCUGCUGGUGAUUGGGCAUUCGUUACUGUCAUCGUGGAGAAGGCGAACCGGCUGCUCGAUACGGAGUAUUCGGUUUGGCACAAGGACGGGCAUACGAUCCUCCGCAGUGGAGCGUAUUCCCUUCCGCAUGAGCUGUUUGCUCAUAUCGACACGAUCCAGCCGACGACGGACUUUUCGAUCAUGCGCAAGCAUGGGGCCUUGCCUAUGUCGGACGAGGACGUGACUGCGAUCGAAUACAAUGCGGCUGCCACGGAAUGGGGGACGUGCAAUACCACAGUGACGAUCAAGUGUCUGCAGAAAUUGUACAAGACCGAGGGGUACGUUCCUCGCGCGGUCGAAGUUAACCGCCUCGGCGUCGCUGCCUAUCUUGGGGACGAUGCCAACUUGGACGACCUAAACGAGUUCCUCUCCCUCCAGCGGCCCCAAGCCGUAGGUCACGCAAACUUCACCACCGUCCCCAUCGCCAACGGUACCAACCCGCAAACAAACCUCUCCGGAACGACCGAGAGCGCGCUAGACAUCCAGUUCACCACCGGCCUGACCUGGCCCACCAAGAUCACGUUCUUCGAAACUGGAGGCACGCGCCCGCACUUGUAUGACGCGGCGAACCAGACUGGCAACGCGAAUUUCCUCAGCUGGUUGACGUAUGUCUCUGCACUGCCGGAUGAGGAGCUCCCCUCGACGUUCUCGACGUCGUAUGGCUCGGAGGAAGUGACAGUGCCCAUCGAUUAUGCUCAACGGGUGUGUGCCGGCCUGGCGGCGCUCACGGCACGCGGCGUAUCCCUCAUGUACAGCUCGGGAGACAGCGGUGUGGGAUAUGCCAGCGCGAACUUCUGUGUUAACCCCAAUGACCUGUCGCAGAAGAUGUUCCUCCCCAACUUCCCGGCUUCUUGUCCUUAUGUCACCAGUGUCGGGGGAACCCAGAACAUCCCCAACGAGGUCGCCGUCACACGUUUCGGUUCCGGAGGGGGCUUCUCUAAUUUCUUCGCGCGCCCAGCCUACCAGGAGGCAGCCGUAUCGAGGUACCUCUCCUGGCUUGGAUCUGAUCUCGAAGGAUGGUACAACGCGUCCGGCCGCGGUUUCCCCGAUGUUGCGGCUCAAGGCGAUCGUUUCCAGAUUGUUGCACCCGCUUACCUCACUGUCAAGUCGUCCAAUGGAACCAAGGUUGGUCUUGUCGGAGGCACGAGUGCUUCUUCCCCGACGUUCGCGUCCGUCGUGGCCCUGCUGAAUGAUGUCCGGCGCUCGCAAGGCAAGCCCCCUCUCGGUUUCCUCAACCCCCUGUUGUACAGGCGUCUCUACCUCGGAUUAAACGACAUAACCGUCGGCAGCUCCUUUGGCUGCAAUACCACCGGAUUCCCUGCCACUUAUGGCUGGGAUCCUGUAACUGGUUUGGGAACUCCGGACUUUGAGAAGCUGGUAGCGCUGCUGGAAUUCAUUUAG